AUGCCAAACCGUGGAAAAAGAGGAAGUGGUAGAGGUGGUGGAAGAGGUGGCGGAAGAGGAGCCGCACGAGGAAGAGGCCGUGGAAGUAUUGGAGGUGGAGGAAGAGGCCGCAACAGAGAAUUGAUACCUUCUGCCGUCGGUUAUGUCUACAAACCUAGAUCCAAUGUGGAUGACAGUGAUGACUUUAGAGUCUAUGGUCAGUUCAGCAGCGAUGAAACUGAUUCUGGAGCUGAGACAAGUUCCAAAAAACAAGUUAAGCAGAAACCUCAAACCAAACCAAAGGACGGAAACCUUGGUUUUGUUAAAGAAAGUCGUCCCUCAUUCGGCUCGAAUUAUGACGAUCAUUACGAUGACGCUAUGGAUCGUGCUGGUUUAGGAAUGUCAUCUUCUGCCGCAGCAAAGGAUUCAAACACAGAACGUUUUGCCAAGGGCAAAUCCAAGUACUACAAGACAGUCUUAUUUACUAAGUCCUCUUCAUCAGCUAACGAAAAAGUUAUCAUCAAAAAAGUCGUUGAUGAAGAGGCUCCUUCCAUUGAGCAACAAGCAGUUGAAGAAUCGUUCUCCCAAUUGACCAUAGAUGAUUUCAUCAAGGUUCAAGACGUCGAGAAAGAGUUGGCUACUCAGGAGUUGUUAAGUAUGUUGGGACUUAGUAAUACAACUAGUCGGUCUGCAUCCCCCAGUGUUGUCUGCUCUCAGACUGAACCUGAGGAUUCUAAGAAACCUGAAGCUAUUGCUCCCAAGAAAUCUGAGGACAAUAAGCAAUCUCAGGAACUUACACAACAAACAGUUUCCAAGCAACUCAUGGCUUCCCAGAAACCAAAUGUAAACUCAUCAAGCACUCUUAAGGAAACUGAGCUCUCAAAUUCUCGACAAUCUAAAGAAGAAGAAGAGAGCAACGACGAAGAAGGCGUUUCAAGUGAUGAAUCGGACGAUGAAGAAUACUUGAGUGAAGAAACAGAUGAUGAUGAAAUCGAACUCUUUUACGAGGAUCUUUCCGAUGACGAGGAUGAUAUACUGCUCAAAGAAGAUAUGGCAGUAAUGAAUGAUUUUAUGGAACAUUAUGAGCUUGAGGAAGGCGAGGAUUUAAAUGAUAUUUUAGCUUGGUCUGCUAUGCAAGAGGGUAAUUUGGCAUUGAUGUCUUCGGGCGAGGAAGAGAUAUAUGAUUAUGCCACUUUAGAUAAGGAACCCGCAGAAAAGACACUAAGCGAUUUUGAAGAAGAAACUGCCUCAAUUUUGAGAGAGCGCAACAAAAUUGAACAAAAUGGCAGAAAGAAAUAUAGCCAUAAGACAAGGGUAGAUGACAUUGUCGUUGAUCCAGAGAUCUUUGGGCAAACAUUGAAGGCAGCUUUAGCAGAUGUGCCCCCCGGACUGCGUCCUGGUGUGCGUAGAUGGGAGAAUAAGAAGAAUAAUAAAGGAAAAGCAAAAGAGGAAAAGGAUGAAGACUUCACAAAUCAAAUGGCCAGAAUUGACGACCGUAUCCGUGAUUUCAUUCAGGAUGAUACUAUCACUAGUUUCCAAUUUUCCCCAAUGACAACCAAUGUCAGAAGACAAUUACAUGUGCUAGCAGCAGCAUAUAAUCUCAAAUCUAAAAGUAGCGGGGGAGGUGGCUCCAGAUGUACCAUUGUUACAAAAACCACAACAACAUAUAUACCCAAAGAUCGUCGUUAUAUCAGCCGAUUCUUAACAGACAUACAAACCAAUAUGGAUGAACAGAAUAGAAUUAUCGGUAAAAACAGAUCAAAGGGUACCCCACUUAAGGGAAAAAAGAAGUACAUCAACAUGAAAAAGAAGAAUAAUGAUAACAAUGACAAUGGCCGUAAACCACCCUCUACUGCUCCCAAGGAUAAGCGUGGUGAUAGUCAAUUCCCGGCUGGACCAUCGCAUGGAACUGUCGUUGCCUAUGGUGCUGCUCCUAUAGGAGAGACAAAUGUUGGACAUCGUAUGCUUGCUGCCAUGGGAUGGAAACAAGGUGAAGCAUUGGGUUCUAAAAGUGAAGGUAUUAUUGCGCCUAUUGAAGCAAUUAUUCGUAAAAAGGGCAGAGGUCUUGGAUCAUAA